UGUACCGGCACAGAGGGCUGACGAAAAUUCAAUUCACCGCGAUCUAGCGAGCGCGUCGUGUAGCGUCGCAUCGCCGUUGAAGAUUUCCGUUGUAUCACAUCAUUGCAUCAUCGGUCCUUUUCGCGGCAUAGCCAUGCGAAGAUGGCGAGUCUCGUCGUGCGAAUUGCGAAUUGCAUGCACGCGACUCUGUGUCGGUUUCCGAUGUAUCCGAUACGCGACGAUGUAUCAGUGUCUCCUCGAACAAAUGCUGACCUGAUAAAGCUUAGCGCCGCGACACCGUAGAGGAUUAUGUCGGCACAAAGUGCAGAUCUUCCGAAAUGCAUUACAAGUCAGGAGGAAGAAAUGAUCUUGCACGAGCCUGAGAAUAAUCCUGUGGACAUACUUGAAUGUUUGUCAGUUAUGAUUAAUGAAGACAAUGUCAAUGACACAGAACAGAUACAAGAACUUAUAUUAGAUGAGCAAUUACUUGGCACAAUGAUAACUACGAUUACACUGCCUGAUGGAACUCAAGCUUUUGUUACAAAUAACCUCAGUAAUAUUGAUCCAGAUUUCAAGACGCAAACAUUACAAACAAUUGAAAAUGGAGACGCUAUUUUACUACGGGGUUUAUCAGAAUUUAAUGAUGGCAAGGCUCUUCAAUUAGAGUUAGAUCCAACUUCAUUUGUACAAACUGAAGUUGCUGCUACAGACAAUGCAGAAAAUACUUACUCACAAGUAGAAUUUAUCAAUGGCACAACAUACAUGGUAACUGGUCAUGUGAAUGUUGGCGAAGGCUUAUGGGAAAUUGAAGAUGGGAAAUUAAAGAAAAAAGAUCCCAAAGUCUUGAUUGAUAAGUUAUCAGAUGCAAAAAUUAGGUAUCCUUGUCCAAGAGAAGGUUGUUCCAAGUUCUAUAGCACACCACAUCAUCUUAAAGUUCAUGAACGUUCACAUACGGGUCAGCGGCCGUAUAGAUGUACUCACUCUAAGUGCAAGAAGAGCUUUUCAACAGGAUACAGCUUGAAAGCGCAUUUGCGAACUCAUACAGGUGAAAAACCAUAUAAAUGUUCCAAUGACACAUGUAACAAGAGCUUCAAAACAUCGGGUGAUUUAUUGAAACAUGUGCGGACUCACACAGGAGAGCGUCCUUUCAUAUGUCCAUUUAAAGGUUGUGGUCGGUCCUUUACUACGAGUAAUAUCAGAAAGGUUCAUGUUAGGACGCACACUGGUGAACGACCAUAUAAAUGCACGCAGCCGAUGUGCGGCAAAGCAUUCGCCAGCGCGACGAAUUACAAAAAUCACAUGCGCAUUCACUCCGGCGAGAAGCCUUACAUUUGCACCAUAGAAAAUUGCGGUAGAAGCUUUACCGAAUACUCUAGUCUGUAUAAACAUCAUCUUGUACAUACACAACAACGGCCAUUUGAGUGCACUCUGUGCUCUAGGAGAUAUCGGCAAAGCAGUACUCUGGUGGUACACAAAAGAACGGCUCACGCGGUUGUCGAUAACGACGACGGUACCGAUGUGUUUUUCCAAGAUCCUCUGGAUUCUAGUCAAAAUAGGAGUAAGAAGGCCGCGAAGGAAACCCACAAGCUGCUAGGUAAAGAUGAUCAGAUUCAGAUUUCUAAAGUAAUCGACGAUACAAACGACAAAGAGCCACAAAUCUUAUUGGUUGGCGAUCCUUCGCAAAUUGCUGCAUUUCAGAAAAUCGAUCUGGACAACAGUUUCGAUGAUCCUGGCAUUGACACGCCUUUCGAAGGACUGAAUAUAAAGAUUGAGGACAUAGAAUUCGGCUGGAAUUAAUGCAGAAGAAGAUGAAGCUGAUUUACACAAUAUCAGAAAGUCUUGAGCAUUGAGUUAACGAGUUAUUGAUCUCGUUAACACUCGUGAAUGUACUUUUUAAUAUCAGAGCUCAAAAUCAAAUCAGUAAAUGAUAUAAUAAAUUGAAUAUUAUCAAAAUGAUAUUCGACUGCGUAAACGAUUAGUAGCUGCGAAUUAGUUAGAAUGCGAAUAAUUUAAUUUCGGUAUCAAUUUCAUAAAUUUACCAGAUAGAAGUACACAAUGGCGUUAGAAAUUUGGCGUCAGCAAUUUAUAAUCAGUGAUGUUUAUUGUGCUAUAGUACCUUGCUUUAAUAGUCAUUAACGUAGGUAGGGAUUGAAUCUGACGUGAUUUCGGUGAGUUUAAUUCCCGAUA